UUAUGGAGCAAAUCUCGCAAACCGUACAGUCCUUUCUGCAUUGGAGCAAAUCUCAAUAGAAACUGGGAUUUUGGAUGGAAUAGUUCUGAUGUCAGCAAAAAUUCUUGCAGUGAUACUUACCCUGGGAAUAAAGCAUUCUCAGAAAUAGAAACGAAAACUAUGUCUGAAUAUAUAAAAUCUCUGAACGACCAAUUGUACGCAUAUAUCGCGUUCCAUAGUUACGGCCAACUAUUAGUGAUUCCUUAUGGUUAUACAAAUGCACAUAUCUUCAACUAUGAUCAUUUGCAUAAUAUCAGCUUGAAAGGAAUCAAAGCUCUUAGACAGAAAUAUAACACUGUGUAUAGAACCGGAAAUAUUGGCGAGCUUUUUAGCAAUUUGUCGAGCGGUCUUAGUGUAGAUUACAUGGCAGGUGUUUUAAAUAAAUCCGUCGUCUAUCUCUACAAAUUGCGCGAUAAGAAUGAAUACGGCUUCUUGUUACCACCUGAGUACAUCAUUCCGACUGGAGAGGAGACUCUAGACUCUCUUGUAGCUAUGUUUAACUAA